AUGUCAUCAUCUGCAAUCAGCAUGCCUACAUCGGCCACCAGCGCAAAUAUGGCCGCAGAUCCUAAACCAGCUGGAGAAGCUUCAGCAAAACCAAAGCCGUGCUGCGUCUGUAAAGAUGAGAAAGCUGCUCGAGACGAAUGUAUGCUGUUCAGCACGGCCAAGGAACCACAAGAAGCUUGCGCGAGUAUGGUCGACAAAUAUAAGAGUUGUAUGGCUGGUUUUGGGUUUAUUUUACCCUGA